AUGAUACAACAAUCGACAAAUUCACUGGAUGAAACAGAGAGUGUAUCAAAACAACCACAGCAUCAACAUCAUAUAUCUCCAAUGAACCAACUACAAAGUCUUAACAAAGAAGAAGUAGGUAAAAAGUCAAGCAAAACUGACCACAUCAAGCAGUAUAUAUUUAAGACAGUUGAAAAUAUGCCGACUCCCAAAUUGAUGUGGCUAAUUAGUCCAAUUGCCAUUGUCAUUUAUUCCACAGCAUUUAAUAUAGCAAGUGAAGUCUUAUAUUCAAAGUUCACUUAUAAUUCCUAUGGUAUUAGUUUCUUUAAAAUAGCAGUGUUAUUUUUGGAUGUAUUUAUAUUUUUAGUUGUCAUUUAUGAACAAUUUUAUUUCACUAAUGAUGUCCAUUUUACUAACAAAUGGUCGAAAUACACUUAUAUAUUAAUUUGCAAAAUUUUGAAAAAAAUAUUAUGGAUUAUUUUAUUAAUAGCUUGUGUUUUCCAAGUCAUUGUUAUAUCCACCGGUAGGUUGAAUAACCCAUUAAAUAUUGACAAUGAUUACAUGCAAUAUUUUGAAAUGACUCCUAAUGAAAAAACUACUUAUUUCAUAAUAAACCUUUUCAGUCUAAUCUUUAAUGGAGCAGUUUUAACUAUUUGGUGGUCAACUAACAUAUCUUCAGUUCAUUCUUUAUUUGGUCUCAUUAAUUUGAUAAACAUUUUGAUUGGUAUUAGCAUUUCUCAAAUCAAUAUUGUCCACAUUCAUAAUUCUCAUGGGGCAAAUAGAAGAUUACAUAAUUGGUUCAUUAUAACUGGAUCAUUCAUGACGGGACAAUCUGCCAUUGGAUUAAGUAUUGUCUUGUUGAUUAAUGAAAAAAAUCGAUUGAAAGAUUUCAUUGGGAAAUUAAUCUUCUUUUAUGACGUCUACGUUGCAGCUGUGUUUUGCUUACUUUUAGGUUGUACUAUUGUGAGUGGCAUUUACUUUAACAAUGAUAGUCUGUUCCCCAUUAGCAUAUUUAUAUUAUAUCUUUGUUCCAUUAUCAUUUCCGUUGUAUCAUUCAUGUGUACAAGAUAUUUCCGUUUGCGUGGUGGAUUUACUAACAAUUAUCAAGUGGAAGAAUACGAUUUGCUUUCCCUAACAACCCAUCAAAAGCAAGGAUGGGGGAAACUUAUAGAUAUCAAUCGUAAAUACAACGGAGGGAUCUCUGGUGACUAUGUAAUUUCAUUAAUGGAAAAUUAUAUCGAAGCAGAACUAUCAGGAAUGACAUGUAAAGUGUUACGAGUCUUUAAAAAGAAUGAAGCAGGGACCUCCAAUCUACCAUCAACAGCGUCACCGGUGACGCUGCUUCUGCUGCUGCUGCUGCUGCUGUUGCUGCAAAAGCCAAAACAUCAAAACAAAAAGAAUAUGAAUACUGCAUUUGAAGAUUUGGAUCCUGAAUCUCUAUUAUUCCAAGAUACACCAACAUUAUGUGAUACUACUUCAUCCAUCAAGCAUUUAGAAGAUGAAUAUCGACCAUUAUCGAAAAAUCAAUUGAAACGAUUAGCCAAGAAGAAUCAAAAGGAUAAAAAACUAUUAGAAUUGAAAUCUUUGGAAAAUAAUACCGAAAUUUUUUAUCAAGAAUUAAUGAAUACUGAAGCAUUGAUAUUACUCACCAUUGUGGAAGAAUUUGAUCUUAGUGAAAGAAUCCCCGGUUGGAUUGGUAAAAAAUUGAAUAAAUGGUUUGGGAAAAAUUCCAAAUUUCCUAUUUUAUGUAUUCGAUUUGGAUUAUUAGGAUUCCAUUGGCCAUUUAAACGAUCUACGUUUUAUUGUAGUGCCACUAAGAAACCAGUAGCUCGUGGUGCUGCAGUUUUAUACGCCAUAUCACAAUGGAAUGCUCAACAUGAGAAAUUAACCGUAUUAUUGGAUCCAACAUAUAAAGAUGUGAAUUUUGAAGCUGGGAUAACUUCGAGUGGAUGGUAUAAGAUCAAAUUACCCAAUUCUCAUAUUAUCGAUUUACGACCAUUUCAAAAUCAAACCAGUACAGAUUAUUUCAAAGCCAUCAAAUAUCGAACUCAAGAUAAUAGUUUUAAACAAGCUCAUGGACAAGUGAUUGAAACUAAUGUAUUUAAUUAUGAAAAUUGUCAGGAAAUCAUUAAUAUGAAUCAAAAUAUUUCUCAAAAUAGACAACUGUCAGGACAAUCACAACAAUUAUUACAACCAGAUUGGGAAUUCAUUUAUAAUUUAGGCAAUUUUUCUAAUGAAAAAAAAUAUCGAUCGUUAUUGUUUUUAAAAGUUGAUAAUCAAAUCAUUGCUUCAUGUGUGAUAUUCCGUUUGGGUGAUACCAUGACCUCAGAUAUCCAAGGUUUGGAUCAUGCUAUAAGUAAAAAAUAUAAAGCAUAUUUUGUAAUGAUGCAAGAAGUUAUUAAAAUUGGAUUGAGAGAAGGAGUUAAAUUUAUYGAUUUUGGUCCCACAACUGAAGAAGCUAAAGUUACUAUUGGUUGUAAUGUUGUACCAUUAUGUGGAUCAAUUUACCCGAAAAAUAAAUUCUUAGGACCCAUCAUAAAGUUUGCUGCCAGUAAAGUUGAUGUAUAG